CGGUUUUUCUGUGUGGAUCUCUGUGGAACGAUGACUGUGUGAGAAGAGCGACAAGACGUUAGACGUCUGAGCUUCUGUGUAUAAUAAUCGGGUAGUAAACUGGUCAGUGUGAAACUGCGACACGGCGCCAUGAAAUCUGAACUACGAUAUGUUGGAUUAAUCGUAUUGUUGUCAACGGAGGAACGUGGGACGCCCCUGUUGUAACGUUUUCGUACAAGAUGAAAAGCAUAAAAAUAUCCAGGAGAAUAUCCAAACCAGGAAACACAAAGGUGAAGUUGACAUGGCUACCUUGUUUACAGAGCUACCCUCCUAGAUGUCAUUAAAUAGUGAUAUAUAUUCCUGGAGAACCCUGAAAUCUACACAGUCAGACACACUUGUGGCUCAAAGUGUGUGAGGGAUGACAACUUCUCAUCUGAAUGGGCACAUUGCUGGUGAAGGAGAAGGAAGAGAAGGAGAUGAAGAGCUGAGGGUUGGACAACAGCACAGGGAAAUGGCUGUCGACUGCCCAGGAGAGUUAUGGAGCCGGACUCUGCCAGUCCGACGAUCUGCUCAGCUAGAGAGGAUAAGACAACACCAGGAGGACCUGCGUCGUCGUCGAGAGGAGGAGGGUCGGCAGCUGGAUCUGAAUGCUUCACUCAGGCUGAAGAAGCUUUCCCAGAAUGCUCACAUUGGCAUCGACAACCCCACAUUCCUGCAGGACACAUACACGUCACAGCAACAACUGCUUGGGAGUCAGCAAACUUUGCUUGAAUUAGAGGAAGUGUUGCUGUCACUGAAGCAGAUCUGUGGCUGUCUAUCCGAUCAGCAGAGUCAGAAUGACGUAGAGCUGGUGCUUGCAUUACUUAACAAGUCUGAUUUCCAGUCUGCAUUUAAGAUCCAUAAUGCCGUGGCCAACAGAAUGCACCGACCCUCUCCACCAUACCCACAAACGCCGCGGGCACUGCAGCUGGCGCUUGAGGUCAGAAAUCUCAGCCAAGCAAGUCAGAGUAAAGAAGGACUGGAACUCUGCAGUCUCCUAUCAGAUAUUCACAUCCAGUGUAUGCUUCUGGCACAUGACAGCAUAGCAGAGAAAGAAAUGGAAUUGGAACAAUUAAACAGCCAAAUAGAGACACUGACACAAUGGAGCGGAGAGUCUGUAAAAAUUGUUCACAUAGAGAAGGCCCGAGACAUACCACUGGGGGCGACGGUCCGUAAUGAAAUGGAGAGUGUGAUUAUCAGUAGAAUUGUUCGAGGUGGCGCAGCCGAACGAAGUGGACUUUUAGCAGAAGGAGAUGAAAUAUUGGAAAUAAAUGGCAUUGAAAUAAAAGGGAAAGAUGUCAACCAAGUCUUUGACAUUCUUGCGGACAUGCACGGCCUCCUGACCUUUGUACUCAUUCCGAGCACUCAGAGCAAACCUCCCCCAGUCAAAGAGAAUGUGGUUCACGUGAAAGCGCAUUUUGACUAUGACCCAUCGGAUGACCCCUACGUGCCAUGCAGAGAGUUGGGUUUGUCCUUCCAAAAAGGAGAUAUCCUCCAUAUCAUCAGCCAAUCUGACCCCAAUUGGUGGCAGGCUUACAGGGAUGGAGAUGAAGAUAAUCAGCCUCUAGCUGGAUUGGUACCAGGGAGGAGUUUCCAGCAACAGAGAGAAGCCAUGAAACAGACAAUUGAAGAAGACAAAGAGCCUGAGAAGUCAGGAAAGUUGUGGUGUGCAAAAAAGAACAAGCGAAAGAGGAAGAAGCUGCUUUACAAUACUUACAAAAAUGAUGAUAUUGAUGAUGAAAUUCUGACCUAUGAGGAGAUGGCCCUGUACCACCAGCCAGCCACUAGAAAGCGGCCAAUUGCAUUAAUUGGGCCAGCCAGCUGUGGCCAGGCAGAGCUUAGAAAGAGACUUCUGAAUAACCAACCGGAACGCUUUGCUGGGGCUGUACCUCACACAACGCGAAGCCGGCGAGAUGUAGAGCUUGGUGGUCAGGAUUAUCAUUUUGUUUCACGUCAGAUGUUUGAAACAGAGCUUGCUGCAGGCAAACUAAUUGAGUCAGGAGAAUUUGAGAAGAAUCUUUAUGGGACCAGUACUGACUCAGUGAGACAGGUUAUCAACACAGGAAAAAUAUGUGUGCUCUGUCUACAUACUCAGACCCUAAAGGUGCUGAGGAGUUCAGAUUUGAAACCAUACAUCAUCUUCAUAGCACCGCCGUCACAGGAAAGACUCAGAGCCCUGUUGGCUAAAGACAACAAGAAUCCCAAGCCUGAAGAGCUACGAGACAUCAUUGAAAGAGCUCGGGAGAUGGAGCAGACCUGGGGUCACAUGUUUGAUGCCAUCAUAGUCAAUACAGACCAGGACAAAGCUUACACUGAGCUGCUAAAACUUAUCAACAAACUGGACACAGAACCCCAGUGGGUGCCCUGCUCUUGGCUGCGCUGACACACUCGCAAGGCCUCACACACAGACAUACAUUGCUUAACAAACUUGAUACUCCACCACCUAAUAUCAGGUUUUUGCUACUGGUGUCCUAAAUUCACCAUAUUGGCACUUAUGACAAUAUUCUUUUAGGUUUCUGUAACCUUUAACCGUAAUGUUUUUAUUACUAAAAUAGAGUGUGCCCAUUCAUCGCUGCUUGCAGCUUGAGUUAUUAUUCAUUGAUUAUUGAUUGUAGUUCUACACAAGAAAAAAAUAAAUGAAGCACGUUUCAUUAUUAAGACGUCAAAUCGUAGUUAUUUACUUGCAUUUAUAAACAUAAUACAAAUUCCCUGAUUGAGUAUUUUUGAAUAAUUUCUGUCAUGGGGAGAAGCCCAAUGAUGUGUCCUGAAUUUGAGUAUAAAAAGGGGAAUUCAUUUUGCAAUUCCUGCUUUCUGUGCAAAAUGGUGAAAAGUGGUCAAAUUUAAAGAAUGCACAUCCAAGCACCUCUGAGAGAUUUGGUGGUGUUUCAAUAUAUUUGUUCAGCAGUGUACAGUAUAGAAUUUUUAUAAAGUAAACAGUGCUUACACCAUUUAAUGUGGUUCAACAAGGUACUAAGGUCACUGUUGGAGAAAGUUAUCUGGUAAACUUUCAGUCACUGCUCCUUCAUGCAACAUUCUUCAACGUUUGCAAGAUAAAUUUGUACGUUUACAUUUUUUUAUGGCUGACAUCUACUCAAAAGACUGACUACCUCCACUGAUCCAAUCACAUUCCCAUGAAAGUUAUAUAUAUAUAAAAAAACCGCAUAUGUAGAGAUCUUCACAUCAUGUGAAAAGACUUAUUAAAUGUGAUUCUUCUCAAAUUACUUUGUGCAUUGUAUAUGAAAGGUUGAAAUAUUUCUGGAUGAUGUCUUUACUCUCUUGCCAUAAGUAAUGAAAACUAGAUCAUGUGUAUUUACAUGUCAUCACACAAAGCAUACCAUAAAUGAAAACUUAACAGAUUCUGUACUAUAGUGUA